UUUAGUUUGUGCGGUGAAGCUUUUCCGAAUACGUGCCAACACACAAAAUCAGCUCCAGGUAUGACGUUUGUUUUCUAUAUACAUUUGUCUCCAAAUAUAUUAUACCCAAUUCUUGAUUUCUUCUGAAUACUCCUUGCUCAAAUAAAAAUGGAUCUCCCCUUUUAUACUCUUAUAUUUUCUCUGUUUGUUUUCAUUUUCUUCCUCCAUCAAUGGUUCUUUCCUACUUCAAACACCCAAAAAAGGUUACCCCCAUCUCCAAGAAAGCUUCCAAUCAUAGGAAAUUUGCACCAACUUGGGUCGCACCCUCACCGUUCACUUCACAAAUUAUCAGAAAAAUAUGGUCCAGUUAUGCUACUUCACUUUGGCAGUAAGCCAGUGGUUGUUGCUUCCUCUGUUGAUGCUGCUCGUGAUAUUAUGAAAACCCACGACCUCGUCUGGUCAAACAGACCUAAAUCUAAAAUGGCUGAUAAAAUCUUUUAUGGUUCGAAGGAUGUGGCCUUUAGUCCGUAUGGUGAAUAUUGGAGGCAAGUUAGAAGUAUUACUGUGCUUCACCUUCUUAGCAACAAAAGAGUCCAAUCUUUUCGUGAUGUCAGGGAAGAAGAAAUAUCAAACAUGAUUGAAAAAAUCAGGCAAGAGUGUGAUUCGAGUUCAGUGAUAAACUUAAGAGAUCAUUUAUGUUCUCUAACUGAAAAAGUAAUUAGCAGAGUGGCCUUAGGGAGGAAAUAUAAUGAAGGGGGAAAAGGAAUCAAUGCUAAGGCCGUCCUAGAUGAAUUUGGUGAUAUUUUGGGUACGUUCAACGUCGGGGAUUAUAUUCCGUGGCUUGAAUGGGUCAAUAAAAUCAAUGGUCUGGACACCAAAGUGGAUAAAGUAGCUAAGGAGUUGGAUACAUUUUUGGAGAAUGUGAUUGAAGAACAUAUCAAAAAAGGAGAAUACGGUGCGGGUGAAGCUAAAGACUUAGUGGAUGUUUUGUUGGAAAUUCGGAAUGGAAAUGAAAAAGGCUUUCCUCUUCAAAGGGAUUCAUUGAAAGCUCUUCUCUUGGUUAUAUUUGCUGCUGGUACGGAUACAACAUAUACAGCUUUAGAGUGGAUAAUGAUAGAGCUUUUGAGGCAUCCAAGAGCAAUGGAAAAGUUACAGAAUGAAGUGCGACAAUUAGCCCAAGGGAAAUCAGAGAUAACAGAGGAUGACUUAGGAAAUAUGCAGUAUCUUAAAGCAGUAAUCAAAGAAACUCUAAGACUCCAUCCGCCGGUUCCACUACUAGUCCCUCGAGAAUCAAUGGAAGACGUAAAAUUGCUAGGCUACCACAUACCUGCUAAAACUCAAGUCUUUAUCAAUGCUUGGACAAUUGGAAGAGAUCCUUUAUCGUGGGAUAAUCCGGAGGAGUACCGACCAGAGAGGUUCUUGGAUAGUAAUAUUGAUGUCAAAGGACUAAAUUUUGAGUUGAUUCCCUUUGGUGCAGGCAGGAGGGGCUGUCCAGGAAUUGCUUUUGCUAUUAUUGUAAAUGAGCUAGCUAUUGCGAGGCUUGUGCACAAGUUCAAUUUUGCAUUACCAGAAGGGAUAAAAGGGGAGGAUUUGGAUAUGACUGAAGGCACUGGCAUCACUAUUCGUAGGAAGUCACCUUUGCUAGCAGUGGCCACUCCUUGCUCUAGUUAGGAGUGUUUUUCCUCCAUUUCUUACUAUCACUAAUUCUACAUAUCCACCAGUAUAAGCGAUGGAACAUAGUUCCCAUCAUCGCUAUGGCUAAUUGUAACUUUACAAUUUGUAUUAAGCCUACUGGUUGGACUCCCCUUUUCAGUGUUUAUACAUAUGUUUUAUUUUCUUGUAUGCAUGAUUUCUUGUUCUAUAUUUUUUUUUUUGGGCCGAAAAUCGCCUUGUGGUGCCGAGGAUUUGGCCUAUAUUAAGCUUAUUAGUGCUCCACUCCUUUCCUUCAAAGAAUUCUAUUACCAUUUGUCUC